ACUGGAAACCCAAGACCUUGAAGGGAGUGUGAAGAGAAGGAGGCAGAAUGAGGGCAAGCAGAAGAUACCUCGUGCCCAGAUCUUGGUUUCUAAUGCCACACUCCAAAAGAAGAAACUAAGGCUUCCUGGAGAAGUAGCUGAUUCACAAGGAGGCAAGAUUCACAAAACAGGCUGGUGUCUGCACCCCGAGUGGGUUUGGGUCUCCCCCUCCGGUGCCUCUGCCUUCCAGGUGAAGCAGAUUAUGGAGGAAGCCGUCACACGCAAGUUUGUCCAUGAAGACAGCAGCCACAUCGUCUCUUUCUGUGCGGCUGUGGAGGCCUGCGUCCUGCAUGGCCUGCGGAGGCGGGCGGCUGGCUUCCUGCGCAGCAACAAGAUCGCAGCUCUCUUCAUGAAAGUGGGCAAGAGCUUCCCGCCAGCAGAGGAGCUGAGCCGCAAGGUGCAGGACCUGGAGCAGCUGAUCGAGAGCGCGCGAAACCAGAUCCAGGGACUCCAGGAGAAUGUGCGAAAGCUGCCAAAACUGCCCAACCUGUCCCCACUCGCCGUCAAGCACCUGUGGAUCCGUACAGCCUUGUUUGAGAAGGUCCUGGACAAAAUUGUUCAUUACCUUGUGGAAAACAGCAGUAAGUAUUACGAGAAGGAAGCUCUCCUGAUGGACCCCGUGGAUGGCCCCAUCCUUGCAUCUUUGUUGGUGGGGCCCUGCGCCCUGGAGUACACCAAGAUGAAGACUUCUGAUCACUUCUGGACGGACCCCUCAGCCGACGAGCUUGUCCAGAGGCACCGCAUCCACAGCUUGCACCUGCGACAGGACUCGCCCACCAAGCGUCCGGCCCUCUGCAUCCAGAAAAGGCAUUCGAGUAGCAGCAUGGAUGACCGGCCGUCCCUCUCCGCCCGUGACUAUGUAGAGUCCCUGCACCAGAACUCCCGGGCCACCCUGCUCUAUGGCAAGAACAACGUUCUGGUUCAGCCGAGCGAUGACAUGGAGGCUGUGCCGGGGUAUCUGUCCCUGCACCAGACAGCUGACGUCAUGACCUUGAAGUGGACGCCCAACCAGCUGAUGAACGGGUCUGUGGGGGACCUGGACUACGAGAAGAGCGUCUACUGGGACUAUGCCAUGACCAUCCGCCUGGAGGAGAUUGUCUACCUGCAUUGCCACCAGCAAGUGGACAGCGGUGGGACAGUGGUGUUGGUCAGCCAGGACGGGAUCCAGAGGCCGCCCUUCCGCUUCCCCAAGGGAGGUCACCUCCUGCAGUUCCUCUCGUGCCUGGAGAAUGGGCUGCUCCCUCACGGGCAGCUGGACCCGCCACUCUGGUCUCAGCGGGGGAAGGGCAAAGUAUUUCCCAAACUGCGCAAGCGAAGCCCUCAGGGUUCGUCCGAGUCCACGUCUUCAGACAAGGAAGAUGAGGAGGCCACAGAUUAUGUGUUCAGGAUCAUCUACCCUGGCAUGCAGUCCGAAUUCGUUGCUUCCAGUGCCAUGGGCGGCACUUCCCCUGUCUCCGUGGGCCCUGCCUGGAUGGUGGUUCCUGCGGGACUGUCCGCGUUAGUCGUGGCCAGGGGCAGUCGGUGGGCGCAAACCAAAUGGGACACCACCCUCCCCACAUCAAGCCAGAAGCCGCAGCCCCCCAUCCCCCAGGACCUGAUGGAUGUCUCCGUGAGCAACCUGCCAUCGCUAUGGCAACCCAGCCCACGGAAAUCUUCCUGCUCAUCCUGUUCACAGAGUGGCUCGGCUGAUGGUGGCUCAACCAAUGGCUGCAACCAUGAGAGGGCUCCCUUGAAGCUUCUCUGUGACAAUAUGAAGUACCAGAUUCUUUCCAGAGCCUUCUAUGGAUGGCUCGCCUACUGCAGACACCUGUCCACUGUGAGGACCCACCUGUCAGCCCUGGUCAAUCACAUGAUCGUGUCCCCGGACUUGCCCUGCGAUGCUGGACACGGGCUGACGGCCGAGAUCUGGGAGCAGUACCUGCAGGACAGCACAAGUUACGAGGAGCAGGAGCUGCUGCGUCUCAUCUACUACGGGGGCAUCCAGCCAGAGAUCCGCAAAGCCGUGUGGCCCUUCCUCCUGGGCCACUACCAGUUUGGGAUGACAGAAACAGAAAGGAAGGAGGUGGACGAGCAGAUGCAUGCCUGCUACGCGCAGACCAUGUCCGAGUGGCUGGGCUGUGAGGCGAUUGUGCGGCAGAGGGAGCGGGAAUCCCACGCGGCCGCCCUGGCCAAAUGCUCUUCGGGGGCCAGCCUGGACAGCCACCUGCACCGGAUGAUGCACCGGGACUCCACCAUCAGCAAUGAGUCCUCCCAGAGCUGCAGUUCGGGCCGCCAGAACAUCCGCCUGCAGAGCGACUCCAGCAGCAGCACACAGGUCUUUGAGUCUGUGGACGAGGUGGAGCAGGUCGAGGCAGAAUGCAGGUUGGAGGAGAAGCAGCCCAAGAUCCCCAACGGGAACCUGGUGAAUGGCACCUGUUCCCCAGACUCCGGCCACCCUUCCUCCCACAACUUCUCCUCGGGCCUCUCGGAGCACUCAGAACCCAGCCUGAGCACGGAGGACAGCGUCAUGGACGCCCAGCGCCCUGCCCCACUGGUGAUUCGACCCAGGGACAGCCGUGUGGAUGACGGGCAGAGCAGCGAGGCCACCGCUUCCCGGGAUGAGGUCCCCCGUGAGGAGCUGGCUGUGCAGGACAGCCUGGAGAGCGACCUCCUGGCCAACGGGAGCAUGGACGAGUUCGUGUCCAUCACUGGCAGUAUGGAUGUAGCUCUGCCCAAAAGGGGGGGCCCUGCGGUGGAGGGCUGGAGAGGCAUCGAGGUGGGGAAGCAGAGCCAGGUGGACAGUGAAGACAACCUCUCAGAGGAGCCCGAGAUGGAGAGUCUCUUCCCCGUGCUCGCUUCUCUGGCCGUGACCACUUCUGCCAACAGCGAGGCAUCCCCCGUGUCUUCUAGUGGCGUCACCUACUCUCCAGAGCUGCUGGAUCUGUACACGGUGAACCUGCACCGCAUCGAGAAGGAUGUGCAGAGGUGUGACCGCAACUACUGGUACUUCACACCCGCCAACCUGGAGAAGCUGCGGAACAUCAUGUGCAGCUACAUCUGGCAGCACAUUGAUAUCGGCUAUGUCCAGGGUAUGUGUGACCUCCUGGCUCCACUGUUGGUCAUUCUGGAUGACGAGGCCCUUGCCUUCAGCUGCUUCACCGAGCUCAUGAAGAGGAUGAACCAGAACUUCCCCCACGGAGGCGCCAUGGACACGCACUUUGCUAACAUGAGGUCACUAAUCCAGAUCCUGGACUCAGAGCUCUUCGAGUUGAUGCAUCAGAAUGGGGACUACACUCACUUCUACUUCUGCUACCGCUGGUUCCUGCUGGAUUUCAAGCGAGAACUCAUCUAUGAUGACGUCUUCUCUGUUUGGGAGACCAUCUGGGCAGCCAAACACGUGUCGUCCGCCCACUAUGUCCUGUUCAUCGCGCUGGCGCUGGUGGAGGUCUACCGUGACAUCAUCUUGGAGAACAACAUGGAUUUCACAGACAUCAUCAAAUUUUUUAAUGAAAUGGCUGAGCGACACAACACCAAACAGGUCCUGAAGCUGGCCCGGGACCUCGUGUACAAGGUGCAGACCCUGAUUGAGAACAAGUGAGGACCAUGUCACCCAGGCAGCGUCAGCCGAGCCUCCGCCCACCUGCCUGUCCUGCCUGCUUCUCCUCCUGGCUGCCCAGGGAGCAAGGUCCUGGCAUCUGUUCCCGAGCAUGGACCUCUGUGCAAAGAGAAAGUACCCCAACUUUGGCCACCAGGCAGGUGGGAUCGAGGGGUUGCCCCUUCAGUUCAGCCUUACGUUUCCUGUUUGACCAAAGAUCGCCCAAGUCUGGGAUUUCUCCCUUGUGGGAGUUGGGAGUUGUUGGUGUGCGGAGGGAACAUCUUCGUUCAUGGUCCCCAGAAUGGUCUCCUCCCUCUUCUGUCCCAUCCCUCCAACUGUCUUGUUGGAUGAGACUUGGGGAGGGAACUUUUUGGAAACUGGUAUAGGAGAGGUCUGUGGGGCUACCUCUGUACUCUGAAAGGGGCCUUUGGAGAUGUUCCAGAACGUGGCUGGAAGGUUGGCCUGGAGCAGAGCACUGUUGACAUUUAAUGCUUUUUGGAGGGAUGCUGCCCUGUGCACUCUUGGAAUCUGAGCAGCCUCCCUGGCCUCUACCUACUACCUGCCAGUAGCACCCUCCUCCCCAACCCCUAGUGACAUCCCAGAGCACCUCCAGACGUUGCCAAAUAGCCCCAUUUGAGAACCACUGGCUUGGAGGAGGGGCUACAAGUGUAUCUCCUCUCCACUUCCUUUGUACCUGAGCCGCCUAUAUCCUGAGACUUUCUUCCAUUUAGAAAAGGCACAUGGGGUCCUUUGCACAUCUCUCUUGGGGUCCUGGAUUUCAACCAUUGUGUAUUUCUCAUUUUUUCUCCUCCACCUGGCCCAGGAGAGACUUUUUUCUUCUUUUAAAGAAGGACGUCUGCCUGUGAGAAAUGUCUGUAAGCAUGAGAUAGGCCUCUUCCGGGUCCUGCUCAGGGGCCCCCGGGCAGGGCCGAGUCCGCAUCCCCUUCCUCUCUUCCCAGGGAGGACCUCGCCUCUCCUUCCAUACGUCGGGUCUGAUGUUCCAGAAGCUUGGAAGAUGUGUGUUGGUGCAAGCCACUUGUUUAGGGAGUCUGGCUUUUCUCUAAGUGCCCUUGCUCACUCAGGACAAAGGAGGGAAAUGAGGACAGAGGUUGGCCCAGGUAGGGUAUGUCGGGUGUUUUCCUUGGGAAAGAAACAUCAGCUGGUGAACUGGUGCCAGGGUCACAGACCAGACUGGAAAUGGUCCCCUCCAUGUCUUCACACAGAGGGUCACCAAUCCCCAAACAGGCCCUAAGCGAGCUAGUUUACCCUGCCUACCUGUCCUCCCAGGAGAGUGGUCCUGCCAGCCCUUCUCUUCCGAGAGUGUACCAGAGUCGGGAGAAACAGUGAGAGUUGGGAAGGGAUGCUCUUCCCAAGAAUGGCAGGUAGGAUUUUGGAGAGGGUAGGAGACUCGUCAAGCACUUUGAAGCAUUCACAGAGGCAGUGCAUUAGUCCUUCCGUCCUGAGCAAACCAGGAUGGGGAGCAAUCCCUGCCUGGAGUGCUUGUGAAGGCGCUUCCCUUGGACCCAGCACUUUAGGUUGCACUGAACUUCCGCCUGAGUAGGGCCUCCUGGGCAGGAUGGAUGAGACUAGAUGGCCCUCGCUUCCGAAGAACGCUCCGUGAGAAAUGCAUCUCCUCGCCCUAGUCCCCCACCUUCCCAAGAUGGGAGAAAAUGUAUGAAAGUCCCCUCCAGAUGAAAGUUUAUUUUGCCAUUCAACUGUUCACUACAGAGGAUGUUAUUUUAGCAAGACCCAGGUCCUAGACCUUCCAAUUCUUAUUUGUUUUUUGACAGACUAGUCUGAAAGUACAGCACAAGAUCUCUUCUCUGCCUUCUCUCGUGGUGUUCCAGAGAGAGUCGUGGUUGUGAUUUGGAAUAACUCCUAUUUAUUUGGCUUACUGUGUUUAUUCGGAUCUCUGUACGUUGUGUGUGUCCGUGUGUCCCUGAAUCGUAUGCGUGCGAGUUGUUUUAUCUAUGGAGUGCCCUCCUUUUCUCAGUGUUGCCAACAUAUCUUGUUACAGUUUACUACAGAGUUGUGUCUAUAGAGAGAGAAAAUAUAUAUAAACAGAAACAUGUGAACCUGGGUUAUUUUUUGUUUCUGUGUUUGGGGAUUUUCUUUUUAAUUUGAAAGAAAGAAAUGAUUGCUUCUGAAGACUGUGUCCUAAUACCCCACCCUCCACACCACCUCAGUGAUCCAGACACAGAGAGGGACAUAUUCUUAUGAUAGACUCCCUGGUCUUUCCCCUGAAAGUUCAAGGCUGGUGAAUCUCAUCUCAUCCUUUGUAUCAGUUAGCUGUUACCACAAGUAAUGCUGUGUAACAAACCACCCCAAAUCUUAGUGGCUUCAAACAGCCAUUUAUUUAGCUUGUGAUGAUUCUGUAGGUCAGCAAUAUGAGCUGGGUUCAGCUGGGCGGUUCUUCUGGUCUCAGCUCGACUUCUUUGUGUGUCUCUGGUCAGCUGAUGGCCAGCCAGGCUACCCUGCUUUUGACAAUUGGCCGGCUGUUGUCUAGGAUAGUGGGAGAAACUGGGCCAUGUAUCUCCCAUCCUCCAUUAGGCUAGCUCAGGCUUGUUUACAUGGCCAUGAUGGCAGUUUCUAAGAGAGCAAACAGAAGUGUGCAAUGCCUCUUGAGACCUAGGAUUGGAAUUGGCAUAAAGUUAUUUCUACUAUAUUCUUUUGGUCAAAGAAGUCAUAUGGCUGAGCUCAGAUUGAAAGGAUGGAGAAAUAGAUUCCACCAGUUGAUGGGAGGUUUUGAGAAGUGACAAUGAAAAGGGCUGUAAGUACAGGCAGGGAAAUAAUUGAGUACUUUUGCAAACAGUCUACCAUGUAGUAUCCCAAGGUCCAUGCACAGGAGGGGUCCCAAGAUGGUCAGCCAUUGGACUCAAGAGUAUACCUCUAAGUUGAUGCCUCACUGUAUCCCCACUGCUGAGCUAGCUCCUCUCUCACCCCCAGUGUUCCCAUAGACCAUCAACUUAUCUCCUCAAUAUCUAUGAUUCCCACUCACGGCUGCCAUUCUGAACCACAGUCUUUGGGCAAUGGAGACCUCACAUGGAUCUCCACCCCCAGCAGCCUCUAACCAUGUGCCAAGGGAAACUUCUGGUUUUCCGCUGCAGAAGCAAAGCUUGAUUUAAUCUAAUGAGCACCCAUCAAAACUUCAGGUUUUCUAUAGAAAAAGUUAGUUUCCAAAUAAGCCAGCAAAGUAAAGGAGUUUCAGGUGGCAUUGGUGGCCUGGCUAAGCCCAAGUCACCACUUUCUUGGAAGAUUGCCAGCAGAGGUAAGUCUGAAGCCACACAGCAGCAGGCAGGUGGGGACUUGUCUUUUGCUGGCCCACAUGGGGCUCUCUUAGUGGGAAGGUCUGCUUCUUCCUGGGAGAAGCUUCUGAGAGCAAAGACUGGUCCUGAUGUUCUGACCAUCCUUUGAAGCCACUGGUCUCAUUUCCCCAACUCCAGCCAUAGCUUGGUACACGUGGCCCUCCCCCUGGAGGACCCCACUAUUCUUGCAGCUGCCUGGCACCACCAGACCUGGGUACCACCAGCAUGUGGUUAUGUCUGUUAUGUCUGUACAAAUGUGCAGUUACAUGCAUUAUUGACUUAUGGUAAAGGACGAUAUAUUUUGUGGGAAAAAAAUCCUAAGAGAAUGUUUUGCUUUUGUAAAGGUUUUCCUAAACACAUGCAUUUGCACCUUGCAUAGAUGUGAGAAGAUGAGUCUUGGGCCACUAGGCACGUUUUCGUGACUCAAAGCAGGGAUGGAGAAGGGGUCUUUGUUGCCGUGUGUAUGGCACACACAGUUGUCACUGUGGACUCCUCCUCCCCCCCUUUUCUUCUUCUUCCUCCACCUCCUCCUCCAUCUUUUCCUCCAUUUCUUUACCUUCUCCUUCCCCCAUCCCUCCGAUUCCUCUCCUCUCCUCCUUCUGCCUCCUUUCCUUGUAGCCAUGAGCAUGUGGAUACUGUCUGUCACCAUGUCUUCUGCCUGAAUGUUGCUGUUCGCAUUCAGAACAACACUGCUGGGUUUAGACCCUCUGGCUGCUCUGUCAUCUCUCUUCUAAAUCGCGUUCCAUUUUCUUUUCACCUCGAGCGUUCCAUUUGGCUUGUGGGAGAGGCCAUGGGGCAACUGAGAAGCACUUAUGCAAAGAGUUUGGGAGGCCCCAACCAUCCCAUUUCAGAACAGCUGCAACCAUUUAUGCCAUCCUGUUUCAUCUUCCUUCUUAUCCCUCCCUCCUUCUCUCCCAGGCCUGAGGUCCCAGCAGCCCUGUGGGGAAAGGAGGUGAGGGCACAGUCAAGGGCAGUGGGAGGAAGUGGUUUAGAUUUCUUUCCUUUUCAACAGAUACUCAAGUUUGAGAGACAUUAGAUCCAUCAAUCAAUGAGUCUUCUCCCCAAGUUUUAUGACAGCAUCAAACUCAAGUCACCUGCAGUCCACCUUUAUGAUUUGGACCAUAUCUGUGUACCAUCUGUACUAUUAUAUCUUUACUAGUUUUCUUUUUUCUUUUUACUUUUCGGCCACACCGCGUUGCACGUGGGAUCUCAGUUCCCCGAUCAGGGAGCGAACCUGCACUCCCUGCAGUGGAAGCGUGGAAUCUUAACAACUGGACCACCAGGGAAAGUCCCUUUACUAGUUUUCUUUAAAUCAACUCAUUUUUUAAAACUUCAAACUUAUGGCAAGCCAGGAUCAUUUGCAUAAACAGAAGAUGGUUGUAAAAAUAAAUAUUAUUAUUUUGCCAAAAUACUAUUUCCCACCAAAGGCUUUCUGAAGCUUGCUCUCUUGCCGUUAAGAAGAGAUGUACUAAGGGUUUGAGAGGUUAAAGACAUGCUAGCACCAGACGAGCCUUUCUUCUUGGAGGACUUCAAGGAGGAUUGAAGUGGGAGUGACUUUCUCACCGCACCAACUAAAAUCAUGUCCUAUAUCUUUGUCCACAUGCUUGGGGAGGGAUGACUUAGGAUCCCAACUCUGCCACUUCCUGGCUGUGUGGCUUUGGGCAAGUGACUUUACCUCUCUGAGCCUUGGUUUUCAUUUCUGUGAACUGGGGGUAAUAAUGCCUCCCUUGGGUCUGGAUUCAGUCCCGGCCCUCCUCUUUCCACUGGGACCCUCUGCCCCUAGCAUCACUGGGGAUGAUUUCCUGGUUGGGACCUCAUUUUCCCUGAGUUCCCAUCAUCUGUCUUGCUCAGGUUCUCAGGUGAAUCUUUGACACAGCUCCUGGAGGAGAACUGGGGAAGGGAUGAGCUCUGAGCCCUCUGGGGCUAUGACAGAGCAACUGGAGUUAGGUGUGGUGAGGCCAUCAGUUCUUGGCAGGAGCAAAACCCACUCUGACUCUGUAGUUUGCAUCGGGUUCUGCUGAGUCAGGGAAGGGCUCUUGGGUCUCUGUGCUGCUGGCCUUUAAGCUGCUGGACACAUUGAGAGCUUGAGCCCAGGACAGGUAUAGACUCUAGAAGGAGCACAGUUUGAUCCUUUUUGGAGUGCCAGCUUGCCAAUCCAUUGCUAAGUCAACCUAGUAGAAUUCAAAUGACCUACAGAAUGAUGCCGUUCCCUGGGGACUUUCCAUUACAUCAGGGUGUUGGGCAGGAAUCCUCCAGUAUCUUCCUGGCUUGCUUUAUUCAGUCUUGUGGGCCCAGUGAUUUCCAGCCUCGGCAGGUAAAGGGCUCCUGCAAACAAAGAAUACCUCUUAUUAUGAUGAGCAGAAAAUCAGACAGACAGAUCCCUCUGUCUCUUGUCAAAUAAAACAGCGUCUGUGUAAAUGCUUCUGCUUCAUAGGCUGCAGAUUUGCUCCCUUUGGCAUUGCUGAAAUUGUUGAAAGAGAAAAUUAAGGAACGUGGGAGCUGCUGUAAAGUUAUUACAUAGAGGAGGCGGCUCAUCCCUAGCGCAGGUGGGUUACCUGAAGCUGAGUUUGGGCUUCUUCUUGGUGGCAUCUACUUGCUGCUUUUUGCACUGGGAUGCUGCCUGGGCCUCCUGGAAUCUUCCCACAGAAGCCUGACUCACAUCAAAGUGCUUCUGAUGACACUUGAAACAUACCACUGGUCUUUGAGUCCAUUUGGAUACCAUGUGGUGGCUUCCUAGGUUUUCUAUUACUUUAUUCCCUUAUUCUCUUACUUUUUAAAGUAAUUAUUGUCCUUAUUGUUUUUUCUGAAAGAUGAAUGCAAGCUGCAUUCUCUGUGGUCUGUGUGUUUUCAAAAUAAUAGAAUCGCUGUAAUAAUAUAAUAUUGUUGUUUACAGAUGUUCUUAGUUGAACAUUUAAAACCAAAAGAGUUUGGUGAGCUGGGUCGGGGCAGAGAUAACAAAUUCAGGUGUUAUUUUGCCUCCAUCACAGAGUCUGACAGACCUGGAUUCAAAUCCCAGCUCUGCCACUGAUCGGCUGUGUGACUUUGGGCAAGUGACUUUGUCUCUCUGAGCUUCAGUUUUCACUUUUGUGAAAUGCAGAUAAUAAAGCUUCCCUUAAAGAGA